AUGCCUGAGAGACCGCAAAGCGUGGACAGUUCUUUGGGGGGCUCCAAGCGUUGGAGCUGUGGUACCCUUGAAGAGGGCAUCGAGCAUGUCCAAGGGGCAGCGCACAACAAGUCAAAAUCUCUUGAAGAAGAACAGCUACUUAGAGAAUUACAGGAGCUAGAUCUGCAAGAGAAGGAGUUGAAUGGAACACCUGCCGCUGGCGAAAAAGAUCCAUCGGAGCUCGAGACUCUUCCAGCUACCGAAGAAGAACUCUGUGCUGCUACUUUGGGCGAGGAUCAGACUGGUGUGGGCGCUCCUGUGGCAACCCCAGUUCGCAAACGAGAUGAGCAUUCUGGGGAACCACCUUCCAAAGCUGCCAAGACCGAACCUGCUACUUUGACACCUGUGACACCUGCGUCCCAAGGGUCCCCGCAAACUGGCAAUGCACCAGAAAGCCCACCCACACCUGAGAUCGAGCCAAGGGAUGGAAAGAGACCUGCGUGGCUUCAGGGUUUAACGAUUCGCCAGUUCAAUGCACGCAGAGCUGCGAAAGCUCGCAUUGACCGGAUGGUCAAGCCCCACAGCCGCCGCAGAGAGCUCGACCCCCCAAGUUGGCUUGUAGAAGAGUGGAGGAAGGGGGAUAAGAACAGCAUGGCGGACCUUUACAGUUCUGUUAAUUUCGACAAGGAGCGUUUCUUGAACGAACUGCACAUUCUGGUCAAGAAGAAGCAGACGUUCAAACUCACCGUCGACCAAGGUUGGUUCUCAGAGCAAGAGAUGAAAGAUGAGCUCAGUUGGUCACAGUCGAAGAUCAAUGGAGCAAAGUCCAGAUGCUUACAAAUGGCAGAGACCCAUGUGAGGAACAAUGCAUACGACGGUGUCCAAGAGUUUUGGAUUAUCGUGAAGGAACGGGCCCGGAGCACAGAGGAGAGCAGCUAUGAGGAGCUUCAACACCAAGUAUCCAAGGCAGCUGCAGCGCCCACGUGCCAGUUUGACAAGAAGUUCGAGGGCUUAAGUGGUAAUUCUGCCCGCACCCAGAAAGAACAGCAGUCUACCGCAGAGAUUACCCAACAUGACAAGUAUAUGCAGACCAAAGAGCGUCUGACGAAGUUCUUGGAGUCCAUCAUGAACAAGAGCGGCAAGCUUCGCAGUUUGAUCAGGGAAUUGAGCACCAAGUAUUCUGAUGCAGCCGCUGCCUCGUGUGUGACUUCCUUGGAAGCGGAGAUCAAGAAGAUUGACCAGCAGUAUGACAUCUGCAACGAAGCUAUGGCUCAGGGGGAGCUGGAUGGUUUUACAAGAUGGCGGAGGACCGGAUGA